AUGCAACUUCAUAGCACCCUGCAGUCCCUCUUAUUCUUAUUGGCCUCGUCGUCUGCUGCCCUGGGUGCUGCCAUUGAGAGUCAUGGCUUGUCCAAACGCGAGGCGACUGGAGAAAAGCUUGUAUUUGCUCAUUUCAUGAUUGGCAUCGUAUCUGAUAGGACCAGUGCCUCUGCCUUUGAUGACGACAUGAAACGUGCCAAAUCCUACGGGAUUGAUGCAUUUGCCCUUAACAUUGGUACCGAUCCUUACACCGACACCCAACUAGGAUAUGCGUACGAAUCGGCAGCAAACAACGACAUGAAGGUCUUCAUUUCCUUCGACUUCAACUGGUGGAGCGCCUCCGAUGCCACGGGUGUUGGCUCAAAAAUUGCCCAGUAUGCUUCGAAAUCAGCGCAAUUAAAGAUUAACGGGAAAGCAUUUGUCUCAUCUUUUGCGGGUGACGGCUUAAACAUAGAUCAGGUCCGCUCUACUGCAGGAGUGGAUCUCUUCAUGGCCCCCAACUUCCAUCCUGGACAAGGAGAUUUUUCCAAGUUGGACGGCGCCUUGAACUGGAUGGCGUGGCCCAAUAAUGGCAGAAAUAAGGCGCCUGAAGGUGGCAUCAUUAUCUCUGUCAUUGAUGGAGAUGAUUCCUACUUGUCGACUAUUGACGAUAAGAGCCUUGUUUCCCCUGCGUCACCUUGGUUCUCGACUCAUUUUGGAGCCGAAGUCUCUUACAGCAAGAAUUGGGUGUUCCCAGGCGACUUCUUGUGGUACCAGCGCUGGAAUGACAUUCUCGCGUUGGCACCUCAGUAUGUCGAAAUCGAAACAUGGAACGAUUACGGGGAAUCCCACUAUAUUGGGCCGUUGUCCUCCCCUCAUACCGAUGACGGUGGCUCUAAAUGGGUUAAUGACAUGCCUCAUUCGGGUUGGCUUGAAAUGUCGAAGCCUUUCAUUGCUGCAUACAAAGCAGGUUCUGCAUCCGUUUCCAACUAUAUCACCGACGAAAAACUUAUCUAUUGGUAUCGUCCUACCCCACGAGACAUCGACUGUGACUCUACGGAUACAACAAUGGGACCGGCUAACAAUGCCAGCGGCAAUUAUUUCAACGGUCGCCCUAACGGCUGGGAGACUCUGAGUGACAGCGUCUUCGUUGUGUCUCUUCUCAAAUCACCCGGUACCGUCACCGUAAACUCUGGGGGUACGCAUUACAGCUACGAUGCCCCUGCCGGUGCAGCCGCCUUUUCCGUGCCCAUGGGCAUUGGUGCGCAAGCCUUUGCGCUAAGCCGGAACGGCAGCAUUGUCUUCAGCGAUACAAGCUUGAAGCAGAUCGUCACAAACUGUAUUUGCGGCAUCUACAAUUUCAACGCCUAUGUGGGCACCGUCCCCGCUGGGGUGCCCGACCAGCUUGGUUCGGAUGGCUUGACUGCCUUUUCGAAUGGUCUCAAGGUUGCCUGUGCAGCCCAGACCUCAUUGCCUGCCACCCCUCCUGCUACUGUUGCUGUCUACGCAACCGGUACUCCUACACCUGCUCCCACAUCUCAUAUAUAA